UGUAUGAAAUUUAACCCCUUUCUGAUGAGUGGCCUAGACAUGAGUUUACAUCGGCAAAUGGGCUCUGAUCGGGACCUCCAGUCUUCUGCUUCCUCUGUGAGCUUACCAUCAGUUAAAAAAGCACCAAAGAAAAGAAGAAUUUCAUUGGGCUCACUUUUUCGGAGAAAAAAAGACACGAAACGCAAGUCCAGGGAUUUAAAUGGAGGUGUUGAUGGAAUUGCAAGCAUUGAAAGUAUUCAUUCAGAAAUGUGUACAGACAAGAACUCUAUUUUCUCCACGUGUACCUCUUCUGAUAACGGAACAACCUCUAGCAGCAAACCAAGCGGAGACUUCAUGGAAUGCCCCUUGUGCCUUUUGCGGCACUCCAAGGACAGGUUCCCAGAGAUAAUGACUUGUCACCAUAGAUCUUGUGUGGAUUGCUUGCGUCAGUAUCUCCGGAUAGAAAUCUCUGAGAGCAGAGUUAAUAUUAGCUGCCCAGAAUGCUCAGAACGUUUUAAUCCUCAUGAUAUUCGUUUGAUAUUAAAUGAUGACAUCUUGAUGGAAAAAUAUGAAGAGUUUAUGCUUAGGCGAUGGCUGGUCGCGGAUCCUGAUUGUAGGUGGUGUCCGGCUCCAGAUUGUGGAUAUGCUGUGAUCGCGUUUGGAUGUGCCAGCUGCCCCAAACUGACAUGUGGACGAGAGGGCUGUGGAACCGAGUUUUGCUACCACUGUAAGCAAAUUUGGCAUCCCAACCAGACCUGUGAUGCUGCUCGCCAGGAGAGAGCUCAGAGUCUGCGCCUGAGAACCAUUCGUUCUUCAUCUAUCAGUUACAGCCAGGAAUCUGGAGCAGCAGCUGAUGACAUAAAGCCAUGCCCACGCUGUGCUGCUUAUAUAAUAAAAAUGAAUGAUGGAAGCUGCAAUCAUAUGACUUGUGCUGUCUGUGGCUGUGAAUUCUGCUGGCUAUGUAUGAAAGAGAUCUCAGAUUUACAUUAUUUAAGCCCAUCAGGUUGCACAUUUUGGGGAAAGAAACCAUGGAGCCGUAAGAAGAAAAUCCUGUGGCAGCUAGGGACGCUUGUUGGAGCUCCUGUAGGAAUUGCCUUAAUAGCUGGCAUUGCUAUUCCUGCUAUGAUUAUUGGAAUUCCUGUGUACGUGGGACGUAAGAUUCACAAUCGAUAUGAAGGCAAAGACAUUUCAAAGCACAAGCGAAACUUGGCUAUAGCAGGUGGUGUAACCUUAUCUGUAAUUGUUUCUCCAGUUGUAGCUGCAGUAACUGUAGGUAUUGGUGUUCCUAUUAUGCUGGCUUAUGUGUAUGGAGUUGUUCCAAUUUCCCUCUGCCGAAGUGGAGGCUGUGGUGUGUCAGCUGGCAAUGGAAAAGGUGUCAGGAUAGAAUUUGAUGAUGAAAAUGAUAUAAAUGUUGGUGGAACAAAUGCAGCUGUGGAUACCACGUCGGUGGCGGAGGCGCGGCACAACCCCAGCAUAGGGGAGGGCAGCGUGGGGGGCCUGACGGGCAGCCUGAGCGCCAGCGGCAGCCACAUGGACAGAAUAGGAGCCAUCCGGGACAACCUGAGUGAGACCGCCAGCACCAUGGCCCUGGCUGGGGCCAGCAUCACGGGCAGCCUCUCGGGGAGUGCCAUGGUCAACUGCUUCAACAGACUGGAAGUACAAGCAGAUGUGCAGAAAGAACGAUACAGUCUGAGUGGAGAAUCUGGCACAGUUAGCUUGGGAACAGUUAGUGACAAUGCCAGUACCAAAGCAAUGGCAGGAUCCAUUCUGAACUCCUACAUCCCUUUGGACAGGGAAGGCAACAGCCUGGAAGUGCAGGUGGAUAUCGAAUCCAAGCCGGCCAAGUUCCGGCACCACAGCGGGAGCAGCAGCGUGGAGGACGGCGGCGCUGCCGGGCGCGGCUCCGGCCCGCCCGAAGGCAAAGCCGGCGCCGCCAAGUGGUCCAAGGACAGCACGGCGGGGAAGAAGUGCAAAGGUAAGCUGAGAAAGAAGAGCAGCGUGAAGAUUAAUGAGACGAGAGAGGACAUGGAUGCUCAGCUGUUGGAACAGCAAAGCACAAACUCCAGUGAAUUUGACUCUCCCUCUCUGAGCGAUAGUAUUCCAUCUGUAGCAGAUUCACACUCCAGCCAUUUCUCUGAGUUCAGUUGCUCAGAUAUGGAAAGUAUGAAAACUUCCUGUAGCCAUGGUUCCAGCGACUAUCACACUCGCUUCACCACAGUCAGUGUUCUCCCAGAGGUGGAAAAUGAUCGCCUGGAAAACUCUCCACAGCCGAGUGGAAUCCCUGUGCCUGUUCCAACAGCCCCAAGCACUGAUGUUGCACAGCUGAGUUACAUUGCUGAGGAAAGCGUUAAUAAUGGAUCUUCCACAGAUGUAGAUUUAGGUGUUGUUGAAACACUGAAAGAAACAAACAACAACCAUUCACAACAGGCUGUGGAAUUAAGCACUGCUAUUCAGACCGAAAUGUAAAUCUGUAAGUGCUGCAAAAUUAUAUUUGCCACUAAAGAACCCUGUCAAAGCUGGUUGAAUCACGUGCGACUUCCAUAAGUUUCAGGUGACCAGCUGAAGCAAGGUUUUGAUACAACUGCAUUUUCUAUAUACUUGUCUGAUAAGGCAAAAUACUUCCUAUGGAUCUCCCACCUGUGUGAAGAGACAUGAAGGCUUUAACCAAGUGCAUUACAGCAGUACAAAUAUGUCCAUGUUUUGUAUUUUUGCCAGAACUUUGCUUGAAAGCAUAUACUUGGUGUAUUUAGAUAAAAAUUGGUAAAUUCUUAAUAUGUUAAAUGCUGAAAUGAAUAAUAUGUCCUGCACUGUUCACUUGGAAAAUAUGGGGUUUGGGAUAAAGGGUGUUAGCUGAGCAUUAGAGACUUAAAACCAUUCUUGUGUGAACUCUUAAAUUCAAGGGAAACAGAGACCUGCAGAGACCUCUACAAACAUACUUCAACAGUGAAUAUUCAGAAUGAUAAUUUUGUUUCAUAACUGGACACACUGUAUUUAGAAUGCAUGUAGAAUGAACUGCAUAUCUUCAGAUGGAUGUAGCCUGUGUCAGAAAUGUUUGUAUGUGUGUACACUUUGAGCAGGGUUAUGGCUUUUACAUAAUUUCAAAACAUAAGAAAUUGGUACUUAAUAUAUGGUGGAAUGGAGACAUCACCUGUGUAGAACAGUGGGGUUACCUAUUUAUUCAUGCAACCAAUCAUGCAGUGGAUAAGGCUACUAUAUAGUGUAUAAAAACUGUAAAAUAACAAUACAGUGAUUUCUAAGCAUUAUAGAAAAGCAGAUGCAGUCACCUUUCAUUAGGGGGAAAAUUGGUGCCCCGUCCAUUCUUGGUGCCUUUGGAAAAGACUGGGUUUGAAGUGCCUGGUCGUUUGAGGAUUUUACUGUAAUGUUUUCUGGAAUGUCCUCUUUGGCCACCUUGGAUCUCAAAAGAAAAUCCUAGUGAAUAAAAUGACUGUCAUAGAUAUAAUAAUGAGGUAUUGGCCUACCAAAGACUCACUCAGGCUUUAGUGGACAUGACAUCUCUUUGCAAGACAUGCCUGUCUUCAGUCCCAGAAUCUUAAGUGCAGUGCAAUGACUGCCCAAGUGCAAAGAUGGGUUCCAAAUAUGCUGGCUUUUUUUUUCUUUUGCAAAUGGAAGAUGUACAGCUGAACACAAGCUGAAGUUGGCCAAAGCGCCUGCACUGUUAACAUUUUUUUGCUAAGUAAUUCACUAAAAUGGAAAAAAAGUUGUGAAUUCAGAAUAACAGUUAACAAUGUUCUGUCUUGUGUUUCAUGUAUUGCCAUUAUGGUGCUACUGAGAGUUUGAUUGGAUGAAAAGAAUGCCAUGAGCUACAGUCCUCUUCCAUGACUUAUCCUCACCAGUUUCAGUAAUAGCUUAUAACACUAGUGCCAGUUAUGUUAUUUGGUAAUGCUUGUUACAGUAUUUGUAUAUUUGCAAUUUGGUU